UCGAUGUUAACAAGCCUUUCGUACCGUAAACUCGUUCGUUCUCAUUACGCGCGUAAUUUACCACAGUGGUAAUCGGCCUUCCUUAGACUCGAUGUUCAUUUGGCUCCACUCUUUAAAUAGCGUUUAACGAUAGCAAUAAUUAUAGCGUAAGAGUCUCUACUUGCAUUUGUCGUAUUUGAUCGUGGAAAUACGGAAAUACGUUAUAGAAAAUAGACUAUGUUUUGCUUUAUAACAAUGCAUCUAAUGGAACUUGCGUUACGAAUACUAAAGAAGGGGUUACCUUUAUUAAAACAUACUUUUUUAAUUACGCUUAGCAAUUUCAGAGUUUUGCGCGAUAGGUAUAUUUUCUCGCCUCGCUUAAAUUGCACUUUAUGGCUUGUAGACGUAAUAAGACUCCAUAAAUAAAUAAAUAAAACUGUCUAUAUGUGUAACUGUCCACCUAUCUAUCGGUCUGCGAUGAAAAUGUAAUAAAGGCCAGAGAAGUUAUACGAGUUGUAUUUAAACGUAUGUCAGUAUGUAUUGAUUGACGAGAAGUCGCAGUUCCAACAGUUCAGUCGCCGUACAAGCUGCUUACGAACUGCAUGCGCAUUUCUUUCCGCGAAGCAAAUAUUUUACUCAAAAUUCACGCAAUUUAAGGCCGAACAUGCAAUUGUAUUAUUUUCCUGUGAGCUCGCCUUGCCGAGCUGUAUUGCUCACGGCAGAAGCGAUUGGGCUCGAAAUGGAAUUGAUAGAAUUAAACAUAUCUGUUGGCGAACAUAUGACACCGGAAUACGGAGAGUUAAAUCCGCAAAGGACAAUUCCCUUCUUAGUCGAUGACGAUCUCAAAAUAUCAGAAAGUCGAGCUAUUAUGGCUUAUUUGGUUGAUCAAUACGGCGAGAAUGAUGCAUUGUAUCCGCGAAAUCCAGAGGCGCGCGGAAUAAUUGAUCAACGAUUAUACUUUGAUAUCGAUACACUCUUUGCGAGUAUAUUUCAUUAUUAUCUGGUUGUGUUGAGAAGAGAGGCCGAUACAUACAAUCAAGCGCAAUAUGAAAUAUUGACGGACGCAUUCAAAAUCCUAGACACAUUUCUCGAAGGGCAAGAUUACGUGGCUGGAGCUAAUAUGACAAUCGCCGACUUUGCCUUGGUUGCAUCUGUGACCACAGCAUUGGCAUGUGGUUUUAAUGUGGAAGAAUAUGCAAACGUUACAAACUGGCUGGAAAGGAUGCAAACGUCUGCACCUGGAUAUGAGAAAGCUAAUGGUGAGCCAAUCGAGAUGUUCAAACAAUUUGUAGAAGCAUCACUGAGUAACGAAGAAGAAGGAGAAAAAGAAGAAGAUGAAGAAGAGGGAGAAAAGGAUGAAGAAGAGGGAGAAAAAGAAGAAGAAGAAGAAAAUGAAUAAUAUAUCAAAUAUAUUAUUUAAAUCUUUAAUUUUUUUAUGUGGUAUCACUAGUUGAAAAUUAAUCAUGAUAAAUAAAAAUGAAUAUCACGACAAAUAAUAAUAGAGAAAAGUUAUCUGCUGUAAAGAGACUUUAUCAAAACUGUUACAAAAUAAUUACGUCACAGAUAUUUUUAUGACAUCUUUUAAAUUUCUAUAUUUUUUGGAUACAUAAAUAAAGAGAAAUGGAAAAGAAAUAUGACGCUCAUAAACGCGGCACGAAUGAGAGAGUUAAUUAUUACUGUAGAUAAGUUUUAGUGUCAUAUUAAUUCGAAUAUUAGAACAAUAUUAUAGAACAAACAAAUA